AUGUAUCCGAAAAUUAUUGUUUUAUUUAUUAUUUUGACGUCGAUAGCUGUAUUUUGUGAGGGAUCUGAAGAAAUAGAGGCGCGUGGAAAGAAAAAGAAGAUAGCGUUGUUCGUUUACUUUGCUGAUAUAGUGAUAAAAAAGAUAUUCGUUCUGAAACUGAUCUACGCUUUCGUCUUCUGGGUCGUGCUCCACAAAGCGGGAUACUUCCUCUCCUGGUUCGCUAGCUACAUCAAAGAGCAGAAACACGAGUAUCACGAUCAUCACGACCACCACGAGUACGCUCAUCACGACUAUGGACCGAAUUACGGACCUUAUAGGAAACAGAGUGAUGGUUAUAGAUUACGAUAGAGUUGUGUAGUUUGAUGCAUGAGUUGAA